AUGGUUGUCUUCACAGAGGCAGACGACGACGGCAACGGCACGCUCUCCAAGACCGAGUUCGAGAAGGCAGUGUCGACGAAGAACCUUCUGGCGCGGCUGCAUGGCGCGGGCAUCGAUGUGAGCAGCGCCUCCUCGCUCUUCGACAUCCUCGACAUCGAUGGCAGCGGGACUCUCGAUGGAAACGAGUUCGUGGAGGGCGUCCUGCGGUCCCGGGGCAAUGCCCAAAACAAGGACUUGGUGGCGCUGCGCUGCGAUGUGUGGCGUGCCAACCUGAGCGUCCAGGAGGAGAUCCGGCAGGUGAGUAUUUACUUUGAGGAGCCAGGCUAA